UACAAUGGUGAAAAAGGAUUCAUGUAGCCGACCCCAUGUAGUGGGACAAAGGCUUGAUGUUGUUUUUGUUGUUGUUGUAGUAAACCAAUCUACAAUCAAACGACUUCAUGAUCAGUGCAUAAUUAAUAAAGGAUAUUUUAUUUUUUUAAUUCUCAAGAAAAAUUUUCUAUCCAUUUAUAGGAGGACGAGAAGUCUGUUGUAAGCUUAAGUUCAUAAAAUGGGCAUUUACUAUGACAUAGAUGAUAUCCUGCUAGAGGAAGAGCCUAUUUCAGUUGUUUUUCAAAUAGGAGCAAGUGGAGUUGGUCUACUUGAUCCUGGUUCAGAAACAAAUAGUGUAGAAAGGAGUGCUAAAGUUACCCUUCCAUUCUGGCUUGCUAAUGAAUUGUUCUUGAGACGAGCAGUAUCCAUCAAUGUUCCUGCUUGUUUUAGCUUAGAGACAAGAAAGGAAAUACAGGCCGAUGCAGCGUGUGUGGAUUUGAGAUUUCGCUCCCCUUACUUCUAUGAGUUGGGCUGCAAAAUUUUGCCCCUGGUUACAGACAAGAGCAUCGGCCCCUUUUUGCAAUAUGCAUUCACUAGUAGGUACACUGAGAUACUAAGCAAAUCACACAACAUCACUGGAGCUAAUCCCAAAUUCUCAUCCAAGCUCACAAAGGAAGAAUCCCACUUGUUUGAAGCUGCUCGGUCAUCAAUGAUUUCAUUCAAGAAAUGGAGGGUUGGUGGAUCGAGGUUGGAGAAGGCAUCUAUAUUAGGGAGAAAAAGAAAGCCAACAACACCGACAGAAUCCUCAACUCUGUAAGCUCUUUGCAUUGUAAGUUAUUGACUCCCAAAUUAAUGAACCAUGCCAUAAUUACAUUAGAAGAUCAAGUUUUUAUUUGUAAGUUAUAAUGAUCAAAGGGCUUUAGCUGUCCAGACUAUUGUUAAUGAUAUUUUAAGUUAUGAUUUGCUCUCUAUCAUCUUUCAUGUUGUACCAAUGCAAAGUUUUUAUAUAAUAUGUAUUUUUAUUAGGAUGAACGAAGCAUUGCUUGUGUAAUACUUCAAGAUUCGAGUCCAAUUUGUGUUUUUUUCUCUUGA